CCAAUGGCUGGGCGGUGUAACAGGAGCUGCGGAGCUGUCCCUGGGGGAGGCCUCUCCGCGUCUUCGAUGGGCUCCAGAAACUUUCCUCCGCCGCCCUCCUUUCACUCUCCCCAGCUCCUCUGCGCCCCCACUUUUACUUCCUCCCCGGCCCUUCUGCAUAUCCUCCCCUUCGGGAUCCGACCCCUGCGAAAAAGGAAGCACGCCCCGAUCUCCUCCCGAGCACUUUCCAUGACCCUCGGGGCGCCUGCGAGAACCCCACCCCCCUUGCCCCAGCCUGCUCCCUCCCUCUCUCCGAUCUUCCUCUUUUGUGCUUCUGCUGUUUUAACCCCAUCCUUCCGCUGACACUUUGCCAGCCGCGCUCCCCGCUCUCCCCCCCCCAUUCCACUGUCAGCCCCGUUCUUGACCCAUCCACCCCCGCUUUCUGUGCUGAUGAUAUCGCACCAAUCCUGCACCUUGCCUUCUUGCUGGCGCGCUGCCCUUUCUCCACCCCGCGCUGCAACCUGUCCAUUCUUGUGCCAGUGCGUUUGCUGAAUUUUCUGAAUCUAGCGCUGCUGCUGUCUUCCUUUGCGUGCGCCCACCCACCCUGCAACCCACGCUGAUGCUGCUUGGAAACCUCCUUUGCCUGCUGCCCUUGCUCCCUGGGUUAAGACGCUCCCUCUGGACAGAAUGCUGAGCCCCACGUACAAGCAGCGCAACGAGGAUUUUCGCAGGAUCUUCAAGGGACUGCCUGAAACGGAGCGGCUUCUUGUAGAUUACUCCUGUGCGCUGCAGCGUGACAUCUUGCUUCAAGGGCGGCUUUACCUAUCGGAGAACUGGAUCUGCUUCUACAGCAACAUCUUCCGAUGGGAGACCACGAUCUCCAUCCAGCUGAAGGAGGUGAAAUGCAUCAGGAAGGAGAAGACGGCCAAGCUGAUCCCCAACGCGAUUCAGAUCUGCACAGAAACCGAGAAGCAUUUCUUCACCUCAUUCGGGGCCCGUGACCGCUGCUUCAUGCUGAUCUUCCGCCUCUGGCAGAAUACGCUCCUGGAUAAGACGUUGUCCCCUCAAGAGCUCUGGCACAUUGUCCACCAAUGCUAUGGCUCUGAACUCGGCCUCACCAGUGAGGAUGAUGAUUACGUCUCUCCCAUCGAUGAGAUCAACGGUUUGGGAAGCCCCAAAGAGACUGGGGAUGUCAUUGACCUGAGCGACUUGACUUCCCGCUGCAGCACGGACCUCAAGCUGGACACCAGCCCCCUCAUGGACAAAAGGGAUGCCAGUCAGAGCAUCAACUCGCUGGCCAGCAGUAGUGACGGGACCACCUCGCUGGCAGAGGACCCAGAUGAGAACACUGACAGCCAAGUGGAUGCCUCUUCCAGCCACACAGUGACCUCAGCAACAGAACCUCCCAGGGACGAUUUGCCUCAAGGGCCGCCAAUGUCCCCCCUGGAGGGGGACCCACUCCCCAGCGAGGAGCUCCCCACGGACAUGAGCAAUUCUUCCUCCUCAACGCAAGAUGAAGCCGAGGUGGACGCUUUCUUUUCGGACCUGCCGGGGCGGUUGCUCAUCAACACUGUUUAUCAUGUUGGAGCCGAAAGGCUGCAGCAGAUGCUCUUCAGCGACUCCCAGUUCAUACACAGCUUCUUGGACCAGCGCAAGUUCACAGACGUGGCGCUGACUUCGUGGACUGGCGACAACAAGUGCCACCAAAGCCGCGUCAUCUCCUACACAAUCCCCAUCACCAACCCGUUGGGCCCCAAGGCUGCAGCUGUAGUGGAGACUCAGACUCUGUUCCGUACCAGCUCCAAAAGCGGGGGCUGCGUGGUUGACUCAGAAGUGGUCACACAGGGGAUCCCGUACCAGGACUACUUCUACACAGCGCAUCGAUACUGUAUUACUGCUGUAGCCAAGAGCAAGGCCCGACUCAGAGUCUCCUCUGAGAUCCGGUACCGGAAGCAGCCAUGGAACCUGGUGAAAACGCUCAUUGAGAAAAACACCUGGAGCGGCGUGGAAGAAUACUUUCAGCACUUGGAGCUGGCGCUGGUGCAGGCAGAGAAGGCCCUGCUGGAAGAGAGCUGCCAUGGCAAGGAGCCGCGGGGGCUCCUGUCCGGCCUGCGCCGCCGGAAGCGCACCCUGAGCUGGAGAGCCCCCCACGUCGAGCCCCUGCUCCCCACGUUGCCUGAUGGUGAGGGGGCAGCCCGCACCAUCCGUCCCUCAGGCAGCCUGACCUCUCGGCUCUCGGAGCAGCUGUCGGAACAAGGCCAAGGCCAGACCGUCUCCACCGUGAUUCUCAUCAUCAGCUUGGUCCUUGUGGUCUUGGUUAUCUUGAACAUGAUGCUGUUCUACAGGCUCUGGUCUCUGGAGCACACAGCCCGGACCUUUGAAUCAUGGCAGGCCUAUGCGCUCUCCAGUGGAAAGCUACCACAGACGGCAUCUGAAUGGGCUGAGAUCCUGGAGCUGCAGAAGCGGUUUCACAGUGUGGAGGUUCAGAAGUGGAAGCAGAUCCUCAAGGCAUCUGUAGAGCUUCUAGAUGAGAUGAAAAUCUCCCUUGAGAAGCUGCACCAGGGCAUCACGGUGGCUGAGCCCCCCUUGGAGCCGGAGUGAAACCCCCAGCGCUCCCUCUCUCCCAAGGAUGUUGCUCCAAAACUGCUGCUGGGUCGGUGGCACCCACCUCCCGUGGCCGGCGUGCGACCGAGGGGACGACAUUCCACUCCUCGCCAGACCAACAGCUGGACCUUAGCCUCAAGAGUGCUACUCGCAGUGAUGGAUUCCACCGCCACCACUUUCCUGCUUCGGGGAGCUUUCUCCCGGAGCAUUUUCAUCCUCUCUUUUUCUCUCUGAGGGUCUCUGCAGUGACUUCAUUUUAUCCCCUCCCCCUUUAAGUGCUAUUUAUAUUCCUCACAGGACCCCAGAGAGCUUUUGACUUCUGCUGCUCCAGCUUCCUUUCUCUACCUUCUUUCCAGCUGUUGUUUGGAGUGUGUGUGACUGGGAACUUCAGUGGACAGGUGGCGGUGCCUGUAUCUCUUGUGUUGAGAUUUCACCCAACAGCUGGGACAGCAAGGACCCGCUUUCCUCCUCCAUGUUGAGGGCAAUCGAUCUGCGAUUUCCUUCUCUCUCACACACACAAGUGGUUGAGAGAUGGGAAACCAAGAGUCCGUAUUGAAUCCUUCCUUGCUCCUUCUCCUCCUGUUUCCAUCCUUUGGCGAGCCCGAUUGUUUUAUUAAAGGGAUCUUCUCGACAA